AUGGACAAUGUUGACUCCCUCAAGUCAGCCCUGAGGCAGAGAGCCAUGGCAGCAUCAUCAUCGAAGCAGCCACUCUCUGACGUACAAUAUAGCGCUGGAUUCGACAUCUUUCUACAGGGCACUGGUUGGACCAUCUAUCAAGACUUCAUUAUACCACAACUGGUGGAGCUUCUGACGCCUCUCUUCAACGCUCGCGCUCGCAUCUCGGUGCUAGAAAUUGGCCCUGGGCCAAAGAGUGUUCUUGGUUAUCUUCCCUGCAGUCUAAAGCGGAAAAUUAGAAGAUUUGCCGCAUUUGAACCUAACAUUCUCUUUGCCAACGCGUUGGAAAAAUGGUUCUCACCUGGAUUCGCAUCGGACCCGCCAUUUCCCUGCCUGGAUGACCUGCCCGAUAUCCGCCGAGCGCCAUUUAUCCUUCAUGGCGACGUAGACAGCAAUGCAGCAAAGGGCGCGCACGACAAUGACGAGAAGUACGACGUGAUUCUGUUCUGCCACAGCAUGUACGGCCUGAAUCCCAAAACUAAAUACAUUGAGCGAGCGCUGGAUAUACUUGUCAAUCAGCCCGAAGAGGGACUGGUAAUAGUUUUCCAUCGCGACGGACAGCCAAAUUUUGAUGGAUUAGCAUGCCAUCGAACGGCUUGUUUUCCUACCGGAGCAGUUUGCGUACCGAAUGAUGACAAUAUCUUGGACUGUUUUGCUUCAUUCGUUGCAGGAUAUGUCUUGCACGAAAGGGAUGCAGAUACUACCAUUCGAGUUGAUUGGCGUGAUAUUUGCCGACGGUUGAGUCGACGGGCAGACCCCGAGGCGAAACACCUCAUUUUCGGCUCACCGACCUUGAUGAUCGCCUUUAAUAAUCACUCAACUGCUGUACAGGAACUGGCAACGUAUGUCCCACUAUCGGAUUUGAAAAUGCCGAUUAAGAAUUGGGAGGCCCGCUUUCAUCGGCCCGCAUCAGUCGUUAGGCCGACAGAGAUCCAACAAGUACAGACCUGCGUUCAGUGGGCUAUCCAACACAAGACCGGUCUCACUGUCAUUGGAGGGAGCCACAGUGGUCACUGCCUAUGGCCCCAUAUUGUUGCAAUUGAUAUGAGUGUAUUCGACGAGAUUCACAUUUGUCGGGCAGGGGAUGGGGAAGCGGGAUCCAGCCUCGAUUGUCAGCUGCUGAUCGUCGCGGGAGCUGGGUGCAAAACAGGGGAUGUCGUUCGCCAAGCUAUGGCAGCUGGUGUAACCGUGCCUUUGGGUGCCCGUCCCAGUGUAGGUGCGGGCAUGUGGAUACAAGGAGGACUUGGACAUUUGACUAGGUUGUACGGACUCACAUGCGACGCUAUCGUUGGAGCCAUUGUUGUCGGCGUUGAUUCUGGCCGGGUCCUUUGUGUCGGCGAUGUACCAGCACAACAUCGUCCGGCGGGUGCUGUCCGCCCAGAAAAUGAAAUAGAGCUCUUAUGGGCACUCAGAGGCGCUGGCACGAACGUUGGCAUUGUCAUUAGCUUGACGUUCAAGACAUUUCCUGUUCCGACCUACCGGGUCCGAACCUGGAAUGUCCCGCUUGAAGAUGGAAAUGAUGCACGACUAAAGCUCCAAAAGUUUGGGGAGGCCUUUGCCGGUUGUCUCCCAACAAGUUGUUCUGCGGAUGCAUAUCUGUAUUGGCAAAUGGACCAGAUGUAUCUGGGGGUGACCAUAUUCGAAACUUCGACGUCCGGUGACAGCCUACGAACCUUUCCGUCGAUGCCUGGUACAAUGGAAAUGAUGUUGGGGCUAGAGGAAAGUUUGAAAUCCAUGAACAGCUUAGAAUUGUUUGAGGCCGAGAUGUACAUGUCCAGAAUGCACGGCGGACACGGCGGCGGCAAGACCUCUUCGUUCAAGCGAUGUCUAUUUUUGAAAGGUAUGGGAGCGCGAAACAUCACGGAUAUUUUGGUGAAGGCCAUCGAGGAUCGCCCAUCACCGCUCUGUUACAUUCACCUACUUCAUGGUGGUGGUGCAGCCAGAGACGUGGCAAUUGAUAGCACAGCUUUCGGUUGUCGAGACUGGGAAUAUGCCUGUGUCAUAACAGGUGUGUGGCUUCGCGACCACGAUAGCAGCGAGAUCGCCCGAGAUGUCGUGGAGUGGGUAUACCACGUCGUCGACAAUCUGCUGCCCUUGAGCCGUGGAGUCUAUGGGGCAGACCUGGGACCUGACCCUAGAGAUUUGGUACUCUCGUCUCGGGCAUUUGGGUCAAAUCGACGGCGCUUAGCCUACCUCAAACAAGCAGCGGAUCCGUACAAUGUCCUGAGUUAUGCAUGCCCGUUGCCAAAGGCUGAGACAGUAAAGAAGCUCGUCAUUCUCAUUACCGGUGAACAUGGCGCUGGAAAAGACUAUUGUGCAGAUGCUUGGGCUUCUGCAUUUGCAGAGAGACUUCCAUGUGGACUCAUGGCAAGAGCAAUCAGCAUUAGUGAUGCGACCAAACGUGAGUAUGCAGCAGCUGUUGGUGCUGACCUGGGCCGUCUGCUUCAGGACCGUACUUACAAAGAGCGUCAUCGAUCAGCAUUGACAGUCUUCUACCAUGAUCAGGUCCGACAAAGGCCGCAGCUUCCAGAGGAGCAUUUCCUGGAUGUGGUUCACGAUGCCGUGGACGCCGACGUGUUGCUGAUUACGGGAAUGACAGAUGAGGCCCCAGUUUACGUCAGGGCAUCAAAUGAAACUAGAAACGCUCGUCGAGGCUGCAGCACCACCGACAGUGGUGGCUGCAGCAUCACAGCUCAGGGCCACUUCCAGGGCUUCGCAAGCCUGGUUUCGAACCACACGCCCACCUUUUUCUUCGACAACGAUGAGACAGGAGAUAAACGGGCAAGGCAAUUCGCCGAGAAGUACCUACUCCCGCUCAUCAGCGAAGACAUUGAACGACUCGCCCAAAUGGUGGGUUUGGUGCACGACUUUCCGCGGCCGAGAGUCGAUUUCCGCCACGUCUUGAACGUUUCCCAGCAACCAGGCGGGCUAGAGUUAUGCACGUCUUUGUUGCGCCUUCAGCUCCCAGAUCGAUGGCCCAAAAUCGACACUAUAGUUUGUUGUGAGGCUGGUGGAUUUGUAUUUGCUUCAGCACUUGCCUCGCGAGUUGGUGUACCGUUGGCCUUGAUCCGAGAAGCGGGCAAACUACCGCCGCCAAUUAUUUCUGUCUCCAGAUCCGCAUCACAUAUAUCUUCCCCUACUCCUAUGUCCGAACCCAAAGAGAGGCAUAUCGAAAUGGGCUUGGAUGUGAUCCCGCCGGGGGCGUCAGUUGUGGUUAUAGAUGACGUACUCGCCACGGCAAACACAAUGCUCGCAGUCCUACAACUUCUUAGCAAGACCAAUGCAUGUGCUGAUGUCAAAGUGCUUGUGGUCGCCGAAUUCCCCAUCAACCGUGGGCGUGGAUUGUUGAGGCAGCACGGCUAUGGUGGAGUUAGUAUACAGAGCCUCCUGGUUUUCGAUGGCGCAUAA